AUGACUCGUCUGUGCCGGUUGAAAUUCAUCAACUUUGGAAACAACUCAUUUAUGGGAGCCAUUCUGUCGUGGUUCGGGUCUUUAUCCAAACUUCAAAACUUCACUUUGAGAGGUAAUCACUUUUCAGGUUCCAUACCAACGGCCAUUUUCAACUUAUCUACACUGCGACGAAUUGAUUUCAGGCGUAACCAACUAUCAGGUAGUAUACCGAGAGAAAUUGGAAACUUAACAACAUUGAAGGAGAUCUACCUUGAUGAUAAUAAUUUCAUAGAAAUUCCAAAUGAGAUCGGCGCUUUAGAUCAACUGGAGAAGUUGUAUGUGCAAGACAAUGUCCUAGAAGGAAAUGCUCCUAUGGUUGUCUUCAACAUGUCUUCUUUGUUUACUUUGACUCUAUUUGGAAACAACUUGAAGGAUUGGAGAGUAACAAGUUCAGUUGGAAGCAUACCCAAAGAUAUUGGGAACGCAACCCAAUUACAACAUGUUUAUCUUGCUGGAAACAAUUUGACAGGUUCCAUACCAGCGACCAUCUUCAGCUUAUCUGCACUACAAGUAAUUUCUUUGAGAUCUAACCGACUAUCAGGUAGUAUACCGAGAGAAAUUGGAAAUUUAACAACGUUGAAAGAGAUGUAUCUUUUUGAUAAUAAUUUCACAGAUCUCCUGUAUGUAUACUUGUCAUCCAAUAAUCUAAGUGGAUCUCUCUCAGAAGAUGUUGGUAAGCUGAAAGCUAUCAUAGAGAUAGAUUUAUCAAACAACCACUUAUCCGGUAGCAUACCGAGCAGCAUUGGGAAUCUACAAAGCUUGGUCAUGCUCUCCUUGGAGAAUAAUAAUUUUGAAGGCCUUAUUCCUAAUUCACUUGGUAAGUCGCUCAGCUUGGAAAAUUUGGAUUUAUCCAGAAAUAAUCUGUCUGGAUUGAUUCCAAAGUCACUAGAAUCACUCAAAUAUCUCAAAAUUUUAAAUUUGUCUUUCAACAAACUCCAAGGAGAAAUUCCAACGGGUGGACCUUUCCAAAACCUCUCUGCUCAAUCAUUUGUUUCGAGCGGGGAACUCUGUGGUGCAUCUCGAUUCCUUGUCCCAUCAUGCAAUAAUAGUACAUUUGAAGCACAUUUGAAGUCCAGUAUAUCAGGGAUCUUGUCAGCAUUGUUCAUAGCUACCUUCAUUUGGAUAGUGAUACUAUGCCGAAGAAAGAAUGUGGAAGCUGCAAAAGAGAUUACAUUGUUCCCUCAACUUCUACAGAGAAGAGUUUCGCACCUCGAACUGGUUCGAGCAACAAAUACAUUUAAUGAAAGCAACUUACUUGGCAGUGGUGGUUUUGGCUCAGUAUAUAAAGUAACAUUUUCUGAUGGGAUAGAUGUGGCUAUAAAGAGGUUGAGUAUUAUGAUAGAUGUUGCAUCGGCAUUGGAAUACCUUCAUCAUGGAAUCAUGGCUAUGGAACACCUAUUGUUCAUUGUGAUUUGA